CCCAACAACAGACAUCGCAGCACCACGCCCCUUCGGAACUGGCACACUCGACGUCUGCUCCAAUUGCUGGGACAACCGUUAAUUUGCCUCCUCCCUUAGCUCUCGGGCUUGGCCCUCGAAAUAAUGGUAAUGCUACAAUACUAAAUAGCAGCGUGAACCUUGGUGAGUCCACAACUCACCACCAUCUACAUCACCAGCAUCACUCACAACCUGGCCACAAUUCUCGCCAACACCAUGUUCACUCUGUCGGCUCACCUUCACCUUCACCACCACCACCUUUAUCUUCGUCAAAUACAACUUCUACCACCGCUCAGCAACAUUCUUCUCAUCAUUCGCAACAGCAACCACCUCAAUUUACUCAACAACCGAUAACUUUUAUAUUCGAACGUUUUUGUCCAAAUAUAUCUAACGGUCCACCUUCUAUGCAUUCUCCUACGUCUCCAAUGGACAUUAUAGAAAAUAACAAUAGUAAAUCACCCGAAAUUUCGCCUCCUAUUUCUUCUACCACUACCGCUACUGCGACGAUGACUCACCAGUCACAAAAUAAUAAUUCAAACCUCUGUAACAAUAAAAAGAAACGAAAACAGCAGCAUCAACAUCCACAAUUACAAACGCAGCCUCCAAUCCAACAACAUACUCCGCCACAAUACUCUUACAAAACGCCGAUGGAUUCUCCGACCUCGAUUCACACUCACGAAGAUUCUCGAUCGGAAGAAGAUUACGGAGAUAAUAUGUUGAUUGAUUCUGCGAGUAGAUGUGAGGAUUAUGAUCAUCUAAUGACACCUUUAGAAUCUUUGAAAAGAUUACUGAUGCAAUUCCCGGCAAUGUCAACAACGCGUUUGAACACAAUUCUACCAGUACUUCUUGAUAAUGAUAUAGACGAUCCAGAAAUUCUUCUUUUAAUUGAAAAUGAAAAAUUUCUUCGAGAUUUACGUGGAAAAAAUGGAUCUGAAAUAAGUUUGGGAAAUUGUCUAUUACUUUGGCAUGGGAUACAGGAGUAUCAGAGACAAAAUGCCUCGAAUACAACUGUGCACACGCCAAAAUCUUAUUCGUCCGCUUCAUCCGCUUCUUACUCACCACCACCCUUAAAUAUACGACCCGACCUUGUGAUACCUAGAUCUAAGAGACCAAAAUUAGAAGUAGCUAAUAAUACCACCAGUAAUAGCAUCAACAACAGCAACGGUAAUAAUAACAAUAGUAAUACGAAACAGCGCAUUAAGGCGCCAAAAUUAAGCAUGUCAACAAUAGAAGAAGUACAUUCACGAGUGAAUUGUGUUCUGCGUGUCGUAGAAGAGGAGAAUGAAAGACGCAAGCAAAUUAGCUUAUCGCAGAAUCCACCUGCUCAAGCUUCAUUGAAAUUUGAGGAUUUUGUCGCAGAACUAAAACGUACCCAUAAAAUUCCUGUGGCAUUUGGUACAUUAAGAGAUAUGAGAUUUGCGUAUAUUCUUAAAAAAUUACAUGAGGUAAAAUAUAAGGAAUUAUUAAGCUCGAAUCGAGGUAACGUGACCGAAUUUUAUCGAACUUGUCAAGAGGUGUGCGAAGAGAUGUUCAAGGAGGAUGAUUUGGAGGCUGCCCUACCGUGGUUGGAACUGAAAAGUAAAUUGUACUAUAAGCA